UCAUUGGUGAAGAUUGUCUGUAUGCCGCACGUGUUAACCUUACGUCUAGGUAACACAGUUUGUUGAGUAGGAUUGAUAUUGUGAAGUGGUUUCAGCGCAAAAAUGGUAAAGAAAAGUGUAAAAAGGAAGCGUAAGGAGAGUGAGAAGGCUAAAAAUGUUGAUACCGAAGAAGUGGUGAAAUUGCCGCCAUCGAAACGAUCGUCGGACGAACCUCCGCCAAAAAAGACGAGAUGGAUAAACAAACAACGGGUGCUAGUAUUUGCAUCACGAGGAAUCAACCACAGAGAUCGUCAUCUGAUGGAAGAUAUUAAACGACUUAUGCCACACCAUCGCCCAGAGAGCAAAAUGGAACGUUCCAAAAAUCUCCAAGUUAUUAAUGAGAUGUGUGAAAUGAAAAAUUGCAACAAAGCCAUGCUUUUCGAGGGUCGAAAAAAAAGAGAUCUGUACAUGUGGUUGUCUAAUGUUCCAACUGGACCCUGUGCAAAAUUUCUUGUUGAAAAUGUUUAUACAAUGGCAGAGUUGAAGAUGACUGGAAAUUGUCUGAAAGGGUCGAGACCAUUGCUAUCUUUUGAUGAGAAUUUCAAUGAGAAACCUCAGUAUGGUGUCCUGAAAGAAUUACUGACACAAAUAUUUGGAGUACCCAACCACCAUCCGAAAAGUCAACCAUUUUUCGAUCAUAUUUACACAUUUAGUAUUUUAGAUAACCGAAUAUGGUUUAGAAAUUUCCAAAUUUUAACGGAGGAUGGAGCACUGGCUGAAAUAGGCCCCAGAUUUGUUCUUAAUCCUGUAAAAAUUUUUACCAGCAGUUUUGGUGGUGAAACGCUAUGGAAUAAUCCGCAUUAUAUUUCUCCAGCUAAGUACCGACAGUCACUGACGAAAAAAGCAGCUGGUAAAUAUAUCAACAGGAUAGAACAGAAAUUGAAUGCAGAAUCUAAUAAGCCGGAGGAGUCUUACGCCUUGAACCCAUUGGAUGAGAUAUUCAAAGGGGAUCCCCUGACUGUGGCGGAAAAAAUGGAAGAGUUACAAGAGCAAGGAGUUGAUGAAUCUGCUAAAGUUGGAAAGAAAAAGUCCCCUAAAGUAAAGUUCGUCAAGAAAAAGCCGAAAAAGCAUUUAGUGGGUAAGCAGAAUAAGAAGAAAAAAUCAAUAGUUUCAAAAAAAAUUAAAAAUUGAAUGAAUUUAUUGUUCAGACUUUUGACACACUGUGUCGCAAUAAAAUACAUGAAUAUAAAACAUUAUCGUGUAUAAUUACUGUCAAUUACGAAUGCCAAAUCCUUUGUGUGAAUAUUAGUAGUUUUAUUUAAAAUCAUGUUUCUUUUCACAUAUAAAUUUCAGUGUAUAAUAUUGGUUCCUUAAGUUUAAAUUCAGGUGUUAUAUUAAAGUUAGAAGCACCUUCAAACAGCAGUGAGUAGAUGCAGUACGAUAGCUCAUGAUGCCUUGACAAAAAGUAUCAAAAUCCAUUAUUUUUAUCAUUAAAAUCUUAUUGAGGAUUAGAACGUUAUAAAAAACCUAUAACGAUUUAUUCAAUAUCACACGUAAAAAUAUAUUUGUGCCUACGUAUGUAUAUCUCUCUCCCGAUAAAAUGUAUUAUUUCUUCUCAUGUACGUUUCUACAACAGCCUUCCAAAUUAUUCGAAAUAGAAAUAUUAGUACUAUUACAUGGUAAGUUAAUAUUUUUCCCCAUAAUCAACACCAUCCUAUAAUUGAAACAAGUUUUUUGUGUGAUAGACUUAAUAACAGUUCUUGUAACAAAUAUUCUCUUGCUACAAAUAUAUAUUUUAUGAUCAUAACACGUCGCAAAAAGCGUGUCUGCUUAUACCUACGUAUGUAUGUACAAAGUAAUUUCUUUCUAAUCUAGACAGUAGACGAUGCAUCUGAAUGAAACUACAAGUAAAUGAUUGAAACGCAUGUUGUACAAUAUUCCUGGA